GAUGAGAGUUCAAGUGAGAGUGAGUGACAGACUGAGAGUUGAUAGCAAACAAACUCUACACAUCAACACAAUACACACUUUUCAGGUUUCUCAUUCAGACUUGCAGCAAGUCUAGUAAACCGUCACAAGGUUUUAUCAUUUCAAGAAACUACUCCAAACAACUACACCUCCAAAAAAAACUAUCCACAAACUAUCCAUCAUGGGUGACAAGCACCUCAACGAGCUCCUCAAAUGGAGUAUCGAAAACCAAGAAACUGGCGGCGAGAACGGCACCUCAGCACCCGCCGACGCCACCGCCGUAAGGGCGCCCGCCAGCACCCUCGACCCCGAGGCCAUCGCAGCCCUCUUCGGCAACGGCCCCAGUGACGCCGAGCUCAUGAAGCUCUCCAUGGAGGCAAUCACCUCCCCGGACCCGGAAAUCACCCUCGACAACAAGCUCAUUGCGUUUGACAAUUUCGAGCAGCUCAUCGAGAACCUCGACAACGCAAACAACAUCGCCAACCUCGGCCUCUGGACCCCACUGCUCUCCUGCCUCGAGCACGAGGCCCACGAGCUGCGCCGCAUGGCCGCCUGGUGCGUCGGCACCGCCGUCCAGAAUAACCUGCCCAGCCAGGAGCGCCUGCUCGCCGUGGGCGGCAUCCCGCCCCUCGUGGCGCUCGCGACCAAGGACGGCGAGGAGGAGGCUGUGAGGAGGAAGGCCGUCUACGCGCUCAGCUCUGCCGUGCGGAACUACCAACCCGGCGCGGAUGUUCUCACGGACGAGCUGCAGAAGAAGGGCCUGCGUAACGGCAAGGUUGACGCAGAGAACAUGGAUGACAUUGAUGAGAUUAUGAAUGCGCUUAAGGCCAAGAUCACGGCAUAGAAAAAAAAGAAAAUGCGAGAAAGGAAUGGGUAUGGAGAGGGUUUGGUAUGGUUUACUUGCAUGGACGGCGUUUCGGCGGGUGGAUCGGCAUGAGGGC